UUUAGACGUUACAAUUCACUUCCGCAAAACAAAGAAACAUGGCCGGCGAGGUUGUUGUUGAUGCUCUACCAUAUUACGAUCAAGGCUAUGACGAGUCAGGUGUCCGAGAAGCUGCCAUGGCUUUAGUGGAAGAAGAAACUAGACGAUACAGACCAACAAAGAACUACUUAGAGUAUUUGCCGACUACAAAUAUGUCUAAUUUUGAGACUGAAAUAAUGAAAAAUGAGUUUGAAAGGCUCCAGUCAAGACUUCCUAUGGAUAUGUUAAGUAUGAAGAGGUAUGAACUACCACAGCCUUCAGCUGGAAAGAUGACAGAUGUGUCAGCCUGGACAGAAUGUGUGGAGAAUUCUCAAGCCCAGUUGGAACAUCAGAGUCUCAGGAUUAUGAAUUUGGAGCUUAUAUCUGAAUUUGGUUCCCAUACAUGGAAGAGCUACAACAGUGUCCUAGUUCAGAUGUUAGACUCGGCUCAGAAACAUCUACAGGAACUCAGAAAAAAGAUACAGGAGAUUAAUUGGCAGAGGAAAACUGAACAGUCCAAUGCUGGAAAAGAACUGAAAGACUUGGAAGCAAGCUGGGUAGGGUUAGUCAGUAAGAACUAUGAAAUUGAACGAGCCUGUGUGGAACUUGAGAAGGAAAUUUCAGACAUGGAGAAGCGAAACAGAAGCAAAAAGUCAAAGAGAUGAAUGAUGCAUAUAUAGUUACAGCUGGAUUUGAUGUAGGAACAACCGAUGGAUUUAUCUAUGGGACCCUCUUGUCUACUGUCAACAAAGACAAAAAGAAUGAUCUCCCCUUCAGUUACCGCAGGCCGGUCUCAUUGAGAUAGUGUGAAACGUAUUUACAUUAAUGACAUGUGACCUUGAGUCGGUGCAUUUUCGUUUUAAACGUAGUGAUAUGUGACCUUGAGUCGGUGCAUUUUCGUUUUAAACCGUAAUGUAACAACCGUUGUAUUUGAUAUAUUUUGCCUUUUUUUCUGGCAAAGGGUUUCAAAAAACGAAAGAGUACAUACCGAUUUAUACAUCUUAUUAAUAAAAAAGAGCCAUUUUCUGGCAGAAAAAGAGAAAACAUCGUUUUACAAAUUUUGCCAUAUGUUUUAUUACAAAAAUAAGUUUGGUAGGUUUUCUUUAGAUAAGGCUUGUUGUAUUGUUGAAAGUCACAGGCAAUUUGUUAUAGGACAUGUCAUUUAAACUCUGAAAAAUAGAAAUUAAUUAUUCAUACAGACAGAUUACAUGUAAGAAAAAACUGAAUUUCUGUGUCAGUCACAUCGCUUCACAGAACUGUACUGAAAAGGUGUCUUCUGAGACCUAUUAGUAAAUAGUUUGAACUUUCUGUUGUAUCAGUUCAGAAAUUGAAUUGUAUUUGAAUUUCGUAUGACACGAAAUAGAACAUUUUUCAUUUCAAUUCACCACAACAAUGGAAAAUUAAUGUCAUUUUAGCAUCCCUUUUCGAUCUAUUCAUUUAAAGUUGUUCAUCUCCCUUACAUUUGUAUAUAAUGCAAUAUUUUGAUUAUGAAAUAAAAUUGAAAUGUUA